UCCCACCAAAAAAAAAAGCAGCAGCAGCAGCAGCACAUCUCAAAAAUAAAAAUAAAAAAAGUUUUUCAAAAUGAAGUUGAAGUGAACAGUGUAAGGAAGGAACCAACUAUACCAUGACAUUGAAACAUCCAUUUCAAAUAGUUCUUGCCAAUGAAGCAGGAACUCAUCUCUUUACAUCAGUCAAGAAUGAAAUCUCAGUAUUUGGAUUAACUGGUGAGUCAAAGGGGAAAUUACUUGGUUCAUGGAUUGAUCCAAUUGAUAAUUUACAACCAUUACAAAAACAACAACAAGAAAAGAUCAAAGUACUUGAAAAGAACGCUACUAAUGGUGAGCCGAUCAAAGUUCCUAAGAUCCCUACUCCUGGACCUGGAGCUCCUCCAAUUUAUAAUUAUAUUCGUUCAUUAUUUUUAAGUCAUCAUGAUAAAUAUUUGAUUGGGAUAAGUGAUAGUGAUAAAUCAGUGAUUAUAUUUGAAAUUGUCGAAGAUGAUAAUGAAAAUUGUCUUAAGUUUAUUAAACGUCAACCCUUUCCAAAACGUCCAAGUUCAAUAUCGAUCGAUGAAGAUGAUGAUACCAUUAUUGUGGCUGAUAAAUUCGGUGAUGUUUAUACUAUGGAUAUUAUUGGAUUAGAAGUGGUGGAUGAAAAGAAAUUAAAUCCUAUUUUAGGUCAUGUAUCAAUGUUAAGUGAAGUAUUAAUCACUAAAUAUAAUGGUAAGAAAUUCAUUAUUACGGGAGAUAGAGAUGAACAUAUUAGAAUUACUAAUUAUCCUAAGACUUAUGUGAUUAAAGAUUGGUUAUUUGGAGCUGAACAUAAAGAAUUCAUAAGUAUUUUAACCAUUCCAAGCUUGAAUCCAUCAUUAUUAAUCAGUGGAGGAGGGGAUGAUUUUAUAAGUUUAUGGAAUUGGUAUGAAUCUAAAUUUAUUACUAAAAUUGAUAUUAAAAAUUUAAUUCAACAAUUCUUAACUGAUAGUCAUUUACCACCGGAAAGAUUCUUAACGGAAGAAUCCGAACGAGAAAUGUCAAUCUCAAAAUUAUUAAUGUUGAAUCAUAAUGAUCAUCAAUAUAUUAUAAUCUUAUGUGAAAACACUCCUGCAUUAUUAUUGUUUGAAUUAAUUGAUUCAUCAAGUUUUAAAUAUAUUCAAACUUUCACUACUAAUCAUUCUAUCAUCGAUAUAACCGUGAUUGAAAACACCAAUACCAUCAUUGCCUCUGUCGAUAAUGAUCAGGAUGAAAACACUAAAUUAUUACAAUAUUAUCACCUUAAAGAGGGGAAAUUAUUCGAUGCAUCGAUAUCUAAUGAUGAUGUCAUUGAACGAAUUUCAAAUUUAAAUCAAUGUCAAGUUGAAUCAAGAGAUGAUUAUUAUCCAUUAUAUACUAUAAAUACGUUAAGAAAGAGAAGUGAACAUUAAAAAGUAAUGUUUCAUAUGUAAAUAUAUAUUAUAAAUUAAUACCAGCGCUACCAUGUAAGAUCAAUGAGGAGAUGUGUGUGGGGGGUCCACAGUGCGAAAGAUUUGAAAUCAGAUAAGAAAAGACG